GACAAUAUUGUUGAAUUAACGCAAAGGGCGGUUGGGGACAAUUGUCAUCAAAAUCAAAAUGGCGGCGCACAUGGCGCUCUCACGAUUUGCAGUUGUGGGAAAAGUUUGGCCCCAAAUUAUUCGGUUGUCGACAGUUGGUGCUUCUCAGCGACAGCUAAGUACUACAAGCAGCGUCUUUGUCAAAGAUGCUUUCCGGACCACGGAGCAGUCUUGGGUCAAGAGGAUUAUGCGAGGGAGCGGUCCUAGCCAAGACAUAGAUGACUCCUUGGAUGAGGAAGAAAUCGUAGAGGUGGAGCCUCAGUAUAUGGACAUCAUACAGACACCCAAGGCUGCAUUCAUUGAUAAACCGCAAGUUCGACUUAGAAGCUACAAGCCCCCAGAGGACCUCCUAGACAGACUCAAAGACAUCACAUUAGAGGUUGUUCCAGUUGCUACACCAGAAAACUGGACAAAACUAGCAUUGAAGGACAACAGCAUCAAAUAUCAGAUCCUUGUGAAUUGUUUCAAGACCUUCAACCACGAUGUUCCCAAUUUUCUCCUGAGCAAAAUGCACACUAUGGCCGAUGUUGUCACCUUCUACCAGACAGAAGUGAAGGACAAGACCAAAUUUGAUGAACUGAGCACUGUGGAUCUGCCUCCCAAUCUCAAGAUUCAUUGGAAUUACAGCGACGAUUCUCGAUUGGAGCUGUAUGAAGACUAUUUGGAGUAUAUUAAACCCAAGAAGAGUCCCAAACCACCCGAAUGGAAAUAUAGGCCCUCAUGAUGUGUAGAAUUUAAGCUAAUAGUCACUGUACCGCCCCAAACCGCCCUGCCUAUUACUCUCUGUAGCACCCAAAACCGCUCGAGCACAUGGUUUUGUGUAAUCCUAAAUGAAUACACACAAUCAUGUACAUGUGCUAAAGGGUUUACAUGGAUAUUGCUGCUGAAGAUGACUUAUUUUUAAUAAGCAAGGAAGUGAUAUUCGUCUUUUUCAAAAAUUUCUACUGAGCUUGGAUUCACAGAAUUCAU